UGUGGCCCUGUCUUGUUUCCGCUUUGAUUGAAUGCCAUGCUAGUUUUGUAGUUAGCAGCGUACAGGGAAAAGAAUGGGCGAAAAUGACUUUAGAUGUGUUGAAUGUAACGAAAAAGCAUCGGAGUUACACAGAGAUUACAGUAACGGGAUCCUGAAGAUAACCAUAUGUGAGUUUUGCCAAAAGCCAGUGGACAAGUACAUUGAAUAUGACCCAGUUAUCAUCCUGAUUGAUGCCAUUUUGUGCAAGACGCAGGCGUUCAGACACAUUUUGUUCAACACAAGCUUGAAUAUCCACUGGAAGCUGUGUGUGUUCUGCCUGCUGUGUGAGGCGUACCUCCGGUGGUCUCUGCUCCACGGCUCCGAGCAGAGCGGUGACCCCGCUGACAUCAUCAGGUACACCAAGCAAUGGGAGUUCUACGGCAUGUUUGGAUUGGCCGCCCUCGAGCUGUCAGCGUUCUGCGGCGGGGUGCUGUGCUUCCUCUGGGUGGUGGUGCGUCCCCUGCAGGGGGGGACCCCCGAGCUCAGCCUGGUCCUCCGAGCCCUGCUGCUGUCCUGCUACGGGAAGGUCCUCCUCAUCCCCGCUGUGAUCUGGGAGCACGACUACUCGCCGCUCUGCCUGGGCCUCAUCAAACUGUUUGUGCUCACCUCUAACUCGCAGGCUAUCAGAGUGAUCCUGAACAGCAGCAGACGCUUGUCCCUGACGGCCGUGUGUGUAGGCCUGCUGUCGGAGACCUGCGUGGCUCAGGCCUGUGAAAAGCUCCCCUGGAGCAUCCAGGACAUGUUGACGUUCGAAUGACAGAUGUCAGUAAUCUCAGGGAGAGACACGGGAUCGAGGACGCCGGCCUGGACCAGAAAGACGCAGGUGUUGCCGGACCCUCUACACAUGGGAAGGACAUGUUUUCAAGUCUUUUUGCAGCAGAAGAGACAUUGUUGUUGUUUUUUCUGCCCUCUUUGGAGAGAAAUAGAUCCAUCUUCCUUUUUGGAGGGAUGUCAAGGAGUUGUCAUUGGCCCUCCUGUUUUUUAUUUUAGUUUAAAAGUGGACAAUAAGCUCCAAAUUCAAGUGAGAUUUUGAUUUGAAUGCCUAAUUGAGACAGAGAGACAUGCAGAGAGGAGCUAAGACAUGGGGACGUCUCCUGAUCUGAACCACUGGUUCUCAGAGCCACUCUGAAAACACACACACACACACACACAGACGCUGAGGUUGUAAUUUCACAACGAUGCUCCUCUGUUUGGACAGGACCCGGCAACGAGCUCCACAUUCUUCAGCUCAUUGGUGAAAUACUUACCUUAACUCACACCACACACACACACACACACACACACACACAAGAACACAGGCACACUCA